AUGCAUGGGAAUGGCAAGCGGAAGCUUCCCUUUUUCAAGUCCACGACCCCAAUUGACCGUCAGCGCAAAUCCAAUGUCCACUGGCAUCGGGUGUUCCGGUCGCUGUUGUACUUGAUCGCUUGGGUCUUUUUAUUGUUGGUAGUCAUUGGCAACAUCUCCAAUAAACCAGUCCUACGCAGUACCUAUUUCCUUUAUCUCGACCUUUCCAAUAUCAUCCCAGUCUCUAUUCCAAAUGCCGUCCUUAUCAACUCCAUCGCCCAAACAAUUGGUUUGCACGACUUCUACCAGGUCGGCUUAUGGAACUUCUGCGAAGGAUACAAUGGCCAGGGCAUCACCCACUGCUCCAAGCCGGAGACUCUGUAUGCCUUCAACCCGGUUGAUAUCAUCCUGAGCGAGCUGCUGUCGGGCGCAACAAUCGCUCUCCCAGCCGACAUCCAAAGCCCAUUGAAACUAGCACGCGUCGCUUCCCACUGGAUGUUCGGACUCCUCUUUUCCGCAGCCAUCCUCAACUUCGUUAUGAUAUUCGUGAGCCCUCUCGCCGUAUCCUCGCGACACCCACGAUAUAUCAAGGCCUGGGCCGCAGGAUACAAUGGCGCGCACCCGCCCGCGGGGAAGCCACCUCACCGCCGACGGACCUUCUUCUGGCUCCGCGCUCUGCCGAUGAUGAUUUUGACAUUUUUCACCGCACUGAUCACAAUCGUCGGGUCAGCCGUCGCGACGGUCAUGUUCGUGAUCUUCGCCAAUGUCUUCUCAAACGCAGACCCGAGCAUCAACAUCCAGGCGCAUGUUGGCACCCAGAUGCUUGUGUUUAUGUGGAUUGGUUCGGCGUUCAGUCUGCUCGCAUUCAUUAUUCAGAUUGGCUCUUGCUGCGCGGCCUGCUGUCGUGGCCGUAAGGCUCGCAAGCAGCUCAAGUCGCAGGGUAUCAAGUGGCACGAGAAGAGGGCGAUUAGCCCGGAUGCGACCGAGCAGCGCGGUGUCUCGUCCUGCAGAGAUUCUACUGUCCCUGCCGAGGAACGUCGUCUCACUUCCAAUGGUCAGGCGUUCUCGAAUGAGCAUGAGCAGAAGUUGGGCAAUGGGUAUCCUUCCAACCACCAAUACUCUGACUCUUCGACCGAACCUCAUGCACUCUCGAAGUAA